CUCUUGUGUAAUGGCUUCAGGUUGCUCUUAGAGGGGUGGACUGUGCUUAGAUAUUCUUGCUUGGAUGUGUUUCCGACCUGUAUGUCUUGUCCAGGGACAUACUGCAUACUGGCAGUUUCAGUUACAGUCCAUCAGGCUCAGGUUCUGUCACACACUGUCACAUUCAAAAGGAAGAAACCUGCACCAAACUUCCUGCAACUUUCCUGCAGCUUCCUGCUUUUAGAGACUCAACAGUGAAAGAUAAACAAGCAUGACAACUCUCAUUCGCCGGCUUGCCAGGCCGGGGUCCUCACCGUGGAGGUGGCUGGGUGUAAAUCUGCAGGACACGCUCGGACAAACACUGCAUUUGACCCCCCGGGACGGAGCGCGACUGUUGGCCGGUGGCGGUCGCUCUCUGACGGGAUGCAGCUGCUCACAGAGCCGAAAACAGCACACAGAGGCUGCUGCUGCUGUAGAGGUGGAUCUGAAACGGUUAGAUGGUGAAGACGAUGGUAUAGCGGAGGUGCUGAUGUGCAGACACACGGCAAGAAACGCUCUGGGUCAUGUGUUUUUGUCACAGAUGAACGACCUGGUGUCCUCUCUGUCCAAUGACUCAGCAGUUCGUGUGGUUAUCUUCAGGAGUUUAGUGCCUGGAGUUUUCUGUGCAGGUGCUGACCUGAAAGAGAGAGCUCUGAUGAACAACUCUGAGUCUGAUUUGUUUGUUCACAGCCUGCGAUCCCUCAUGACUCAGAUAGCAUCGUUGCCAAUGCCGACCAUCGCUGCGGUGGACGGUGCAGCUCUGGGAGGAGGGCUGGAGCUGGCCUUGGCCUGUGAUCUUCGCUCUGCUGCGUAUUCUGCACAGAUGGGUCUGAUUGAGACAACACGGGGGCUGCUCCCAGGGGCGGGGGGAAGUCAGCGGCUGCCAAGGAUGGUCGGCAUGACUCUGGCCAAAGAGCUCAUCUUCACAGGUCGGCGUGUGGGAGGGCAAGCGGCUCUGGAGAUGGGGCUCGUAAACAAGGCUGUGGAACAGAACCAGACAGGAGACGCUGCCUACAGAGAGGCACUCAGCCUGGCCAGAGAGAUACUGCCUCAGGCUCCAAUCGCUGUGCGAAUGGCAAAAGAAGCAAUGAACAAAGGCGUUGAGGUCGACAUCAGUUCAGCAAUGGCAAUAGAGAGGAUGUGUUAUGCUCGGGUCAUCCCCACACGUGACAGACAAGAGGGUAUGGCUGCCUUUAUGGAGAAGAGACCUCCGCGAUACACUGGAGAAUAAACACUUCUGAGUCAUUGAAUGUAUGUCACGCAGAGGCACAGCACUCUAACCUCACGCCUGACAAUUAACUCCCAUUGAUUGUCUGUGCCAGUGUCAAUACAUUAGUUAAGGUCAGCGUGAGUACCCAGCUGUGACUGUUUGUAUUUGUGAUGUUCAGAAUUAGACGGACAGAAGCUGAUUUUCAUUUGUUCCAAAACACAACAAUAUAAUGUUAAUUAAAUUUAAAAGUUUUUCCUCAUGGUGGUUUCUUUAACUCACACUUUUCACCCUUCAGGGGUGAUAUGAAGCUCAUCUUUGAAAGUGAUUGACUAAAAAGACUACACAGUUGUCAUCUCAUGUUUAUGGGAAUGUACAUUCUUUAUUUCCAAACUUGAAAACAUAACUCUCAGCAGCAACAUGGCACAGACAUACAGUAUCCACACGUGUGCAUCUUCUAUUUUAAUUACAUCUUUGUCAAAAAAUUACACUGGCCUUCGUCACGAUGUUCAGUGGCUCAACUAAACAAUCCGAGAUAAACAGGAGCAAUGGAAAAGAACAAGAAAAACUGCUGUUUCAUCUGCUCAGGACCUAUGCAUAACAAGCAAGCUUAUAAAACGGCAUCCGGUUUAAGGAACACAAUAAGGCCAUAACUCACUGAGCAGAUGAGGUGAUGUGUGUGUGGCUGUUUUAGUGUACAGUUGCUCUUUGUAGCCCAAUAUUUUAUUUUCAUUUCCAUUAAUAAACAUGUCAUCUUUACAAGCUUUACCACUGGUAUACCUGCUGAAACAAAGACCCCCCUUUUCCUCAAAAUGUGUCAUCACUGUAUCAGGGCUUUGACAGCAACACCGACUUGGAUUGCAUAGAGAGUGAUGACAGGGGGGGGGGGGCCUUUUAUGAGAAUCAAGACCUCGGAUGAAAAAAGGAGAAUACGGGCAUCAAGGUCAUCUGGCUUCUCUGGACAGCAGACGUAUAUCUGGUCAAAUGGCAUCCUGGUGGAUACUAAAGUCACACGGCCACUUCAGAAUACAGAGAAACACCCUUGAAUACUCCUGAUAACACCACCUACUCUCUCUCUCUCUCUUGGGUAAAUAGUGCCUCUCCUCUGUUUACCCCUCCUUUAAAAAAAAUCUAAUUAACUGGAAGUCAAACAAACAAUGGAACAUACAAUAUAAUAAUUUCCAUGCAACCAGUCCUAAACAAACCAUUACUAUUUCUUUCGCAUCUUCUAUUAUGUACAAAUUAAAUACAAUCUUUAAGAUGCAGAUACUUGUACAGACGUACAUACACACACAUGCUCAAUAGAAGUGCUGCCCCUGUCUUUAAGACACUCUGAUGCAUUAGGAAGCACAGUGAACAUACCGAUAUAUACACAAUUUUCUCAAAGAGAAAAACAGCUGUGACUCAAUACACACGUACAUCCAUCAUGACUAUACUGACCACAUCAUUAUUGCAAUUUGUGCUCAGAAAGGACUUUUGUACUCACCAGACAUUAUUGAAUGGCCGCAUUAUUAAUUGGGUGUCAUUUUGCAAACUGAUUUAGAAAAAGAAAAAGCCACUGGAGCUUCUCAAAGAUAUAUUACUUCUCUAUAAUUCAGGUUUUCCUCUGUAUUAUUUGAACACGUGAACCCACUGAAUACACCCCAGGCAAGUGUGCUGUCACAUCAAAUCAAAGGCAUUAGCUGAUAAACGACUAAAUGAAGAGGAGAGCAACAGUACUAUUGCAGAUCCAGAGGCGUGGGUUUCAGUGUACAGAACACUGUUAUAAACAAAACAAGCAGGCAUUCCUAAAAUGAACGGUACAAGCAUUCAAACAAACUCCAGCAUGCUUGAACUCACACAGCAGCGUCAUGCGUAUAUUAAAUGAGCUAAUCAACCAAUUUAGACAACCAGAGCCCUCCGUAACAUACAGGGGCCAGAGGGUGUCCACCCUCAGCUGAGCUUCUGGGGGAAGGGGGGGUCAAUCUUAAACUGAGAUUCAUAUGCGUGUGCUGAUGUGUUUUUUUUGGUAAGAAAAUCAUCAUGAUUCCAAUGUCAGACUAAGAAGAGAUGUUGAGAUGUGAGCUUAAAUGACCAACAGUUGUUUUUUUUUUUUUUUAUCACAAGAUUAGCACACAAAUAUUUUUGUUUUGAAACAAACACAAAGAAAAUAAAUAAGGUUAGUGUGUGUGCAAAGAAUUGCAAAGUCUCUGUCCUUUUAUGUAUAUUUUCUGGGGAUUCUUGAUAAAGUGUGUUUGUGUGUGCGAUGUGCAUACACACAAAUACUAAAUCCCCUCUGUGGUGGGACUCAGUUUAUCUC